AUGCCUGUUCGGAGAGGUCAUGUCGCACCACAAAACACGUUUCUUGGCAUAAUAAUACGAAAAUUCGAGGGACAAAAUAAGAAAUUCAUAAUAGCCAAUGCCAGGGUGCAGAACUGUGCAAUCAUCUACUGCAACGAUGCUUUUUGCGAAAUGACCGGGUUCUCCAGGCCAGACGUCAUGCAGAAGUCCUGCACCUGUGAUUUCCUUCAUGGAGAGCUUACCAAGAGACAUGCUAUUGCCCAAGUGGCGCAGGCUCUGUUGGGCUCCGAGGAGAGAAAGGUGGAAAUAACCUAUCACCGUAAGGAUGGAUCUGAUUUUUUGUGCAACACUCACAUAAUCCCUGUGAAGAAUCAAGAAGGUGUGGUGAUGAUGUUCAUUCUAAAUUUCGAUUACGUUCUGGAUGAAGGAAGCAUCGACUCUUUAGAGAGGCUUAACCAUGCAUCCCCUGCCAAAUCUAACCACAGAAAGGGACGGUUUUUCCGGUUUCGUCUCCCUGCCUUGAAUCUUCUGGGCGUCAGCAAACUCCCACAGGAGGAUCCAGACGCCGUGAUGAUAGACUCUCCCAAAUUCAGCGACCGCUCCGUUGCCAUGGAGGACUUCAAAUCCGUCACCAAAGAGAGCUGCAGCCCCUCCGACGUCGAUGACACCCGGGCGCUCAUCGGCUCCAGCCAGAGCCCCGCCCCGCUUGGCGCCUCCGAGCCCCUCGACCGGUCUUCUCCCAAGAGGCAGUGGGGCAGGCUGUACCCAGAUCAGCCCCAGUCCACCACCUGCCUCGCCCACACCGUCUCCCAGGAGACCGUAUGUAGCAUGAGGCGGGCCUCCUCGGUGCAGGACAUCGAGGGCCUGAGCUCCAACUGCAAGGCCGUGUUCAGAGACCGUCAUGCCAGCGAAGGCCCCUUCAACCAUAUAAAAUCGAGUCUGCUGGGCUCCACUUCCGACUCCAACCUCAACAAGUACAGCACUAUCAACAAGAUCCCGCUAAUCACGCUCAACUUCUCUGAGGCAAAUAACGAGAAGAAAGCAGCUUCUCCCCCAUCCUCUGAGAAAACCAUCAUCGCACCAAAGGUCAAGGAUCGAACACACAAUGUCACAGAAAAGGUCACUCAGGUUUUGUCAUUGGGGGCAGACGUGCUGCCUGAAUACAAACUCCAGACGCCGCGCAUGGACACAUUCACUAUCUUGCACUACAGCCCAUUCAAGGCCGUGUGGGACUGGCUGAUCCUGCUGUUGGUCAUCUACACGGCCAUCUUCACGCCCUACUCGGCUGCCUUCCUGCUCAAUGACCUCGAGGAGCAGAAGAGGCGUGAAUGUGGUUACUCCUGCAGCCCCCUGAACGUGGUGGACUUAAUUGUGGACAUCAUGUUCAUCAUCGACAUCCUGAUAAACUUCCGCACCACCUAUGUCAACUUGAACGAGGAGGUAGUGAGCCACCCAGGCAAGAUCGCCAUCCACUACUUCAAAGGCUGGUUCCUGAUCGACAUGGUGGCUGCGAUACCCUUUGACCUGCUAAUAUUUGGAUCAGGGUCAGACGAGACAACCACUCUGAUUGGCCUGUUGAAAACAGCACGGCUCCUACGAUUAGUCCGAGUAGCCCGGAAACUGGACCGCUACUCUGAGUACGGCGCGGCUGUAUUGAUGCUGCUGAUGUGCAUUUUCGCACUGAUUGCCCAUUGGCUGGCCUGCAUAUGGUAUGCCAUUGGGAACGUGGAGAAGCCAUACUUGGAGCAUAAGAUAGGCUGGCUCGAUAACCUGGGUGUAUCCAUCGGGAAGAGGUACAAUUACACCGACCCAAACUCUGGGCCCUCCAUCAAGGACAAGUACGUCACUGCACUUUACUUCACCUUCAGCAGCCUCACAAGUGUCGGGUUCGGCAACGUCUCUCCAAACACCAACUCGGAGAAGAUCUUCUCCAUAUGCGUCAUGCUGAUUGGCUCCCUCAUGUACGCCAGCAUUUUCGGCAAUGUGUCAGCCAUCAUCCAGCGGCUCUACUCUGGCACGGCCAGAUACCACCUGCAGAUGCUACGUGUGAAGGAAUUCAUACGCUUCCACCAGAUCCCCAACCCACUGCGCCAGAGACUGGAGGAGUACUUCCAGCAUGCGUGGACCUACACCAACGGCAUCGACAUGAACAUGGUCUUAAAGGGCUUUCCAGAGUGCCUGCAGGCUGACAUCUGCCUGCACCUCAACAAAAGCCUGCUGCAGCAAUGCAAGGCCUUCCGGGGGGCGACCAAGGGCUGCCUGCGCGCCCUGGCCAUGCGGUUUAAGACCACCCACGCCCCUCCUGGUGACACACUGGUGCACGGUGGGGAUGUCCUCACUGCGCUCUACUUCCUGUCCCGUGGGUCCAUCGAGAUUCUGAAGGACGACAUUGUGGUGGCGAUUUUGGGAAAAAAUGAUAUCUUUGGGGAAAUGAUCCAUCUCUAUGCUAAGCCUGGGAAGUCUAACGCAGACGUUAGAGCACUGAGCUACUGCGACCUACACACAAUCCAGAGGGAGGAACUUCUGGAAGUGCUGGACAUGUAUCCAGAGUUUGCUGACCACUUCUUGACCAACCUGGAGCUCACGUUCAAUCUGAGAGACAUUAAUGCAAAAACUAGCUAUUCACAAGCAAGCGAUUCAGAUGGGGAAGACUUUAAAUGUAGAAGGAGAAUUUCCUUUAGACGAAAAUCCUCUUCAGGCGGGAAGAGCAAGGAGGCGGAGAAUGACGCCGAUAAGGAGAAGCAGCUGUACCCGUCUUCAAAGAGCACAUCAGAGGAAAAGAAAGACUCCGCCGAGGAGGAGAGGCCCCUAUGCUCGGGGAUCAUGGGAUACCCCUCAGUGCGGGACCACACCCUGGGACUCGAUCUCGAUGACAACAAGACCGUCCCGGCAAGAGACAGCUUGGCCCAGAAUCUGCGCACUGAGGGAUGGUCUUGCGAGAAGCCCGGGGAAGACCUGGAAGAAUCGGCGCAGUUGGAAGACGCAAGGGUCGCGGACGAGACCGAGAGCGAGAUCACGUACGGGGAAGUGGAGCACCGCUUGGACCUGCUGCAGGAACACCUGAACAGGCUGGAGUCACAGAUGACGUCAGACAUCCAGACCAUCCUACAGUUGCUGCAGAGGCAGUCUACCCUGGGCCCUCCCGCCUACAGCACGGUGACAGCUAGUCCAGAGUACCAGAGGCCCGCAAUCCGGGUCCAGCCGGUCACAGCCAUUAAGAUUGACCAGAGAUUCAGUCCGACCUCAGCACAGUGUCCAGAAUUUGUCAGUUUAGAUGCGUCCCAUAAGAAAUCCAAAGAAUCCUUGUCAAGCACAGUCCAGACGGACACUGCUCCAGGCGAGAACCUCACGGCACCAAUGGAACUGAGUUUAGAAUCGGACCACGGACACACACAGAACCCAAAGCCCACCCUGGAUCCGCAGCGACCUAAACCCCACCUGCUCCCCAUGCGACACCUCUCCCUCCCUGAAUCAUCCCCGAGCAACACAGGAAUGUCUGGACUCCACAGGCCAGUUUCUGAUCCUGGUCUUCCAGGGAAGUAG